AUGCUGCGAGUGAAGAACGUACUCUGCAGGUACAGGAGUGGGAGGCGGUUUUCCGAUGCUCCCUGCAGUGCAGUUGGCCAAGUUGACAGGGUUAGAUGCGUGAGCACACUUAACCCAGUCGGUUCAGUUGGCCCAAUUAACCCAGUCAAUUACGUUGGUGGGCUUAAUGGGGCCGGGCGGGUACGCCGCAUGAGCAGCAGUGAAGAGUUAGCGGCAGACGUGUACGACACGGUGGUCAUAGGGGGGGGCGUGACUGGAACGGCGCUGCUCUUUCUCCUGUCAAAAUUUACCAGUCUGAAGAAGCUAGCCAUUAUAGAGAGGAGAAGCGACUUUGCUUUAGUUGCUUCACACGGAAAGAACAACAGUCAGACCAUCCACUGCGGGGAUAUAGAAACAAAUUACUCCUUCGAAAAGGCAAAGUUUAUAAAGCGCUAUGCGGAUCUGCUACGUAAUUAUUUGUGUCAUCUUCCAGCGGAAAAGAGAGAAGACAUUUCAAAUGUCACCCAAAAAAUGGUCCUCGGGGUGGGUGAAAAAGAAUGCAACUUCCUGGAAGAAAGGUAUCCCAUAUUUAGGAAACUUUUCAAAUCGAUGAAGCUUUACAACAAAAAUGACAUACAUAGUGUGGAGCCCAGAGUGGCUUUAAAAAAUGAAAAAACGCUUCGAGAGGAAACUUUGGCAGCAUUGUAUAUGCCACCAGAGUUAACCACCUGUGAUUAUCAGAAGCUCUCUCGAAGUUUCGUUGAAUCCGCCAGAACCAUGAACAACGUGGAUUCUAAAAAAAUUUCCAUCAACCUUAAUACGGAAGUUACAAACAUAGAAGAAGCAAACGACUCCUUAUACAUAAUACAUACGAAUAGGGGAAUCAUCAAGUCAAGGUUUGUCGUUGUUUGUGCCUGUGGUCAUUCCCUCAUGAUUGCCCAGAAAAUGAACUACGGGUUGGAAUACAGUUGUCUUCCCGUUGCAGGAAGCUUCUACUUUUCUGGUAAUAUACUUAAUGGGAAAGUGUAUACAAUACAAAAUCCAGCUCUUCCAUUUGCAGCCGUUCAUGGGGACCCCGAUAUUAUAGAAAAGGGGAAGACGCGCUUUGGACCUACUGCACUUCCGCUACCAUUACUAGAGAGAGAUAAUAUGAACACAUUACUAGACUUUCUAAAAGUAUGGAACCCGGACUUUAGUCUCUUCCAUGUCUACUUUAACCUUUUCAAAGAUCCUACCAUGCUAAAAUAUGUCUGUAGGAACUUCCUCUUUGAAAUCCCCAUCCUAAAUAAGUACCUAUUUCUAAAGGACGUCCGAAAAAUCAUUCCUUCCUUGACGACUAGAGAUCUGUCCUACUGUGUUGGUUAUGGGGGUGUCAGACCACAACUCAUAAAUAAGGUCAGCAAGAAACUUAUCCUUGGAGAGGGGAAAAUUGACUCGGGCAAGAAUAUCAUUUUUAACAUUACGCCCUCUCCAGGGGCCACCACCUGCUUGGGAAACGGGGAGUUCGAUAUGAACACCAUCUGUGAGCGUCUGAAUGCCACUGUGAAUAAGAGUGCCGUCAAGAAGUUCCUCUACCAGGGGGAAUACCCCGUCGAUUAUUUGUAG